GGGGUCUCCCGGGGAUACGGGCUGGGAUGUCUCAGUUUAGACUACCACGUAGAGGGUCCUAUCGCCACGGUGUUCACACGGGAGUGCAUGAGCCACUACCUGCGUGUUUCAACUUCCUGUGGCGAGCAAGCGUAUGGAGUACAUCCUCACUGACAUCUGGAAGGACAGAUGUUGCAAAGCCAAGCUGCUUAAGAGCAUGCCAGAGCUGUCUGGCGUGCUGCACCAGUGCCACAUCCUGGCCAAUGAGAUGGUCCACUUCAUCCACCAGAUGCAGUACUACAUCACCUUCGAGGUCCUAGAGUGUUGUUGGGAUGAGCUGUGGAACAAGGUAGAGAAGGCCCAGGAUCUAGACCACAUCAUCGCUGCCCACGAAGGAUUCUUAGACUCUGUGAUCUCCCGCUGCCUACUGGACACUAACAGCAGGUCCUUGUUGAACCAGCUGAGGGCAAUCUUUGACCAGAUCAUAGAGUUCCAGAGUGCCCAAGACUCUCUGUACCGUUCUGCCCUGGAGGAACUCACCCUGCGGCUGCAGUACGAGGAGCGGAAGAAGCAGAAGGAUUCUGAGGUAGAAGGAUCAGGGCUUGAAGUGGACUGAAAUGGGUGCCAGCACUUARGGCUGUUACGGUGA